UUUACUCAUUCUGACUGUCACAUGGCUCGUCCUCCGAUUCUCUUUGGUGUUUUACUUUACACCGCAGGAACUUUGAGCAUGAAGACAUUGGAUCAUGUAACUGUAAGAGAAGGAGGAACCAUUACAAUCCCCUGUCUGUAUGACAAUCAGUAUAAACUAAACACAAAAUACUGGUGUAAAGGGUAUUUGUGGCAUUCUUGCAAAAAUACAGCCCGUGCAAAUGCUACAGGGAAAUGGACAAUAACUGAUUAUCCAGUACACAGUAUUUUUACUGUGAAACUCAACAAUCCGACGUCCUCAGACUCAGGAUAUUAUUGGUGUGCUGUGGAGAUCGGAACUCAUACAGAACCAGAUGACAGAAAAUAUUUGUAUGUAACUGUUAAAAAAGAACCAGAUGUGUCUGUGGUGAGCGGCAGUGUAUCUGGACAUGAAGGUGGUGAUAUCAGUGUCCAGUGUCUCUACAGUCCUAGAUAUCAGAAUGAACUCAAAAAGUGGUGCAGAUAUAAAGAUCAGAGCUGUUACACUGUGGGGAGGACUAACACAUCCCAGAAUUCAUCAGUCCAGAUCAGUGAUGAUGGGAGAAGAUCCUUCACUGUGCUGACGACUGGACUGAUACUGACUGAUUCUGGCUGGUACUACUGCUCUGUAGGAGAUCUGCAGGCUCCUGUUCAACUCCUUGUUCAGAGCGACAAUGAAUAUAAACCUGAAAGUACUGAUGCUGGUCUAUUUCCCUCCAUAUGCAGAAACCAAACAGCAAGCAAUGAUAAAGAGGACAGCAACUGCUCUCCUGACGGCCCAUCUGACCAGAUGGACUGGAUUUUUCUCCUCUAUACUGCUGUGCCGCUACUUGUGUUACUGAUGCUGGCUUUAGUAAUCUGGAGGCUUAGACAAAAACACAAUGGCGCAUUGUCCAAACGAGGACCAGACGUCUGUUCUGUGGCAGAAGGUCCAAUAACUGUCGCGUAUGACACUGUGGUCUUUAAGAAAGCAAAAAACCAUGAACCAAACCAGGUCUCCAUUAGCCGCCCUCCUGAACGAGAUGAAGUGAUCUACAGCACUCCGAAACUUCACUAAUAACAGAUGAUCUCAGGCCAUUCACAUUAUGAAUAUUACAAUCUGAAGUAAUAGCAUCUUCCUCUGUUUUACAUCACACAGUUUCUUUUAAAGCCGCAAAGGACGUCACUUGAGACAGAAAAAGAGGAACCUCCAGAACACAUUUUAAAGUGUUGCAUGCGGGUCAUGGUUGAGCAGAUUAUUAUUUUGCUAUUAAGAUGUUUGCCACAUCUGUAAAAGUGUCACCUUUUAAUUAGCACAUAUGUUUGUAGUCGUACAUUUUGUUCUGCUUUUCAACUUUUAUUCUUAGUCAGUGUGAGCAAAACAGAAAG